AUGGGACGAGGCGCGACUUCUCAGAACGGGCUCAUGGAGAGCAGCAUGGUUAAGACCUUGGAGAUGCUUACAGCUGCCGUGAAUACUCAGAAUAACACUUCUGAGCGUUUAUUGGGUUACAUCAAGGAGAGGCCUGCUCAGAAUAACACCUUUGAGCGAAAGUUGGAUUACAUCGUGGAACAACUAACUGCAGUCAUGAGUUCUCAGAAUCGGCUCUCUGAGCAAAAGAAUGACAAGACCACGGAACUUUCUCCAAUGGAAGCUUCAUCUUGGACUGUAAAGGUGCCAUCCUCAGUGAAAGGUCACCUUGGAUUAUGUGUGGUGAUCCCCUGUUCUUAUGACUUCCCUAGUCCACAAAAUAAGGUCAGCGAGUUCACAGGGAUUUGGUACAAUGACAAUGAUCAAGUCAUCUGUCAUUCCAAUGCAUCUCAAAUUUUGGAUCCGUUUCUGAAUCGGACAAAACUGCUGGGAGAUCUCAGCAAGAAGAAUUGUUCUCUGAUGAUUGAAAAUCUUCAACAAAGUGACGGAUGGCCUUUUUAUUUCCGGAUUGAAAUUAAAGACUACAACCAGUAUUCCUACAUCAAUGAUAAAGUCUCUAUUUCAUUGAGUCAACCUAAUUUAUCUGUGCAAGAGGAGAUAAAGGAGGGUGAGAAUGUGUCUGCAUCCUGCUCCGUGUUUCACUCCUGCCCCACAUAUCCACCUUCUUUCAUCUGGAGUCACUCUGGAGAGCAGCAUGAUCAAACACAGCAGCUUCAUGAAGAUGGCCCUGACAUCAAGACUUCCUCAAAGUGUUCUUCAGAGGACGGCGUGGUAAAGUGUGAGUGCACUGUAGAGUCCGAGCCUCCCAGCAUGGUACAUUUUGUUCUUGGUGACAGAGUCCUGCAAAGCAGCAAAGCAGAGAAAAAUGGCUCUGUUACUAUUGAGACUCUGCAGACAGACUUUGGGUCUUUCAGGAAAAAGAACAGGGAGCAUAUCCCUUCUCCUGACAUUUACGCAAAUGAUCCUGUCUAUGGAAAUAUUCCUUGA